UGUGUCCUCGGAGGAAAGGCGACAGGGAGGGGGAAGCGCGUGCGUGCGUGCGUGCGGCGGCAGAAGAGACGAAGCAAGGUCCGCGGGCGGACGGAGCAGCAAGGGCGGCAUCGAGCCCUUCCAAGCUCGCUCCCCUUGGAUGCCGACCCGGGAGGAGGAUCGCAGCUACCACAUCCAGACCCGUACGGCUUCCACACACCGGGACAGCACUGUUACGAGCCAUCCCACCCACAAUGGGCUGGGAGGUGUCAGAAAGAGAGGAGAGAUCAAUACUAGAAGCUGCCUUUGGUCCCCAGUUCCCAGGAGGCUGCAGCCCUCUGAGGAGCCUGAGAGAAAAAGUGGGAAGGGUCUCCUCCGCUCAGCAGGCCUGGCAGGGGUGAGCAAUGAACAAACUGCGGCAGAGUCUCCGGCGCAAGAAACCAUCCUACGUGCCCGAAGCCAGCCGCCCCCACCAGUGGCAGGCUGAUGAAGAGGCGGUGCGUAAGGGGCGCUGCAGCUUCCCGGUGCGGUACUUGGGCUACGUGGAAGUGGAGGAGUCCCGAGGGAUGCAGGUGUGUGAAGAGGCGGUGAAGAAGCUGAAAGCGAGCGGCCGCAAAACUGUGAAGUCCGUGCUGUGGGUUUCAGCCGAUGGGCUGCGCGUGGUGGACGACAAGACCAAGGACCUGAUUGUGGACCAGACUAUUGAGAAGGUUUCCUUCUGUGCUCCGGAUCGCAAUUUUGACAAGGCCUUUUCCUAUAUUUGCCGGGAUGGCACCACCCGGCGCUGGAUCUGCCACGGCUUCCUAGCCCUGAAGGACUCGGGGGAGCGUCUGAGCCAUGCCGUGGGCUGCGCCUUUGCUGCCUGCCUGGAGCGCAAGCAGAAGCGUGAGAAAGAAUGUGGGGUGACAGCCUCCUUUGAUGCCAGCCGCACCAGCUUUGCCCGGGAGGGCUCCUUCCGACUACCAGGUCCCCCGGCACCCACCUCCCGCCCCUCUGGAGCAAGGCCCCCCCAGGAUAAGAAAAAAGCGGAAGCAGCUGCCACCCCCUCAGCCCCAAUCCCAGCCCCCACCCAACCCGGCAGCACCUCCCCUCACCAGGGGGCCACUUCCCCAGAGGAGAAGGCGGAGGCUGGGGGAGCACACGCCAUCCCGCGCCGCCAUGCCCCCCUGGAGCAGCUGGUGCGGCAAGGCUCCUUCCGAGGGUUCCCCACCCUGAGCCAGAACUCCCCCUUCAAAAGGCAGCUCUCCCUCCGCCUCAACGAGCUGCCCUCCACCCUGCAGCGCAAGGGCCACGCAGAGAGCAGCACAGUCUUCGAGGUGGAGGCAGCCCCCAGCAGGGACUCGGAUGGCAUCUCAGCUCUCUGCACUCAGAUUGACACUUCACUCGCCCAGCCGGCUGGAGAGCCCCCCGCAGCCCUCAUGUCUGCAGAAGGGGACAGCACAGGACCCCCUUCCUCAUGGAAUGACCCCCAAGCCAACCCCCUGUUCCAGCCGGGACACAAGAGGACCCCCUCGGAGGCAGAGCGCUGGCUGGAAGAGGUUGCCAAGGCUGCCAAGGCUCAACAGCAUCAGCAGGUGCCCUUGGCUGCCCCCCUGCCUCUGCCUGGCUUUCCUCUGAGCUACGAGGCAGCCCCCAUCCCCGCAGGCAUCUUCACGUCUCCCCACAUGCCCCCCACCUUUGUGCCUGUGGGCACUGCCUACAUGCCUGCAUUGCCCUUCCCUGCCAUCCCCAGUGUGCCCGUGGUGGGCAUCACGCCCUCCCAAAUGGUGACCAAUGCCUUCUGCUCCGCCACACAGGCUCCUGUUACAAAUUUGGGGGUCAAGGCCAGCCCCUUCCCUCAGGCCCUCCUGGAUCCCCCUCGGCUCAAAGCCAAUGGGACUAUCUGGCCCUCCAAGCAAAGCCCCCCAGGUAUUUCUGCCCCCCACUCCGAGCCCCCUGACCCCUUUGAAGCCCAGUGGGCUGCCCUAGAGUCCAAGGCUCCCACUGCUGCCUCCAACCCCUUUUCUGGUGACCGGCAGAAAACCUUUGAAAUAGAAUUGUGAUCCCAAUUUUUAAGGUUCCCCCUUAGCACCCCAUCUUGCUAGGCUAGCUUGUCUAAAUCUUGGGGUGGGGAGAGCUGGCUGGGAGCAGCACUUCGAAAAGCAGCCAGUGGGGACCGGGAGAGCUGCCCCCAAGCAAUGGGGGGAGCCACUCAGGAGCUGAGAACGAGUGGCCGGUUGGAAACCAGGGUAAGCAAGCGGCCUUCCAGGCCUGCUGCAGCCUCCAGAGAGCAGGGGAAGGAGGGGGGGGGUUUCUGUUCUCUCUCCCCUCCCUUGUGCAGCAGCAGCACCAGAGUCCUUUUUUUUGGGGGGGGUGCCCCACUCUGUGCAUGGCAGGCCCCCUCCUCCUUGGGCAGCUGUCCUCUCCUCUUCCCAAAAGGGGGGGCAUCUUUGUGGAGCUGCUGGGGAGGUUCUGGGCGCCUCUACUCCCCCCACCCAGGCUGCCUGUGGUUUGGCCUGAAGCUACGAAGGAGGCUCCUUUCUCUCCAGAGGCAGAGGGACCCUUCCUCAGGCUGAGGUUCUGAUAUGUGAUGCACAUGGGGGACAAACAGGGUUAGAGUUAGGGUAGUACAACACCCCCCCCAUUGGAUUAUUGGGAAAUCCAUGAUCUUUUUGUUGGGGGGGGGAGACAAGGGGAGGAACUGGCUUUCCUCUCCAAAACUUAAAUGGUGGGGGGUGGGGUUGGUAGAAUGGUUAUUGCAGAAGAGGUGCCCCCCCUCCUCUGUUUUGGCUAGGGUAGAGAAAAGUUCUUCAGAUUAAUCUUUUUACAUGUUCCCAAUGUUGGGUCUGGCAGGUACUAGUGCUCAAAUUGCAGCGGGAGGGGAGGGGAGGACAUUCCCGUACAUUUCAGGUUGAUGCCUGGCCUUGAGAGGCUCCCCUGGCUUUGCCUCAGUAAUCCAAGCAUGGGGAGUGGGAGGUGGGGAAGAAUCCCUCCAAGAUGUAAAGGCUUGGGAAGAAUCUCUUUCUUGGGGGACUUCAGGGUCACUGUUCCAGAACAAUAAGGCUGAGGGUUUCCCACAAGGCACCGCAAGGGUGAUCUGGGAGGGGCAGCCGAGGGAGGACUGGGGUGGGGGGUGUUCCUUCUCUAGUGGGAGAGCCGACUUCAGGCAGGCUCUUGAAAGCAGCUGCCUCCCCCACCCCACCCCACCCCUGCAGCUGCCUGGCUGAAAGGCAGCAGCCCCUCCCACAUGGCUCCUUGGCCUCCUCACCCUCCCCCCCUCAAAAGCAGAACCAUGUUGCUUUUCCCCCACCCCCACCUUGGGCGAGCAGAGAAGACAAAAGUUGAGGAACAAUGCUUCUCCUGACCAGACUGCCUGGAGGUUUCCAAAAAUGGCAGAGGGUGUUAUUUUUUAUCUUAUUUUGAAACUUU